UUUCCCAUCAGUUUGUAUAUUAGAAAAUUAGUUUCCAAAUCUAGAUUUGGCGCGGUUUCCCUGCCUUCGUAGCCAUGUGCAAUAUAAAUUGCUGCCGGAACAGGUCGCCAAUAGCCAAGAGGCUGGCGGCCCGCCGCAUCCUUGAGCUGGAGGAAGAGGAGAGCAAAAGGCCCAAGGUGGUGAUACCAACGCCUCAGAGUCUAUUCUUCAACUUUGACACGGUGGAGGCCAUGGCCAAGUACAUCAUAGGAGUUACCCACAUCCGGCCAAAGUACGGUUUAAUUAGUGGCAAAUUCCUGGGCUCCAUGAUGUCUCUGGUUGAGCGUCCAGUGAUCAUUCCCCAUGCGGAUAUACCCAACUUUCCGGAAUCCCAGGAACCAAAUGGCUCUUUCUUUGUGGUGGGCUUUGUGAUGGGUGCACCCAUUAUAGCCAUGUCCACCAGAUGCCUCUUCUACGAGGGCCAGAGUCUGGCCAACUGUGCCCUGCCCGUCCAGGUGAUGAGGCUUUGUGGAGUGAAAACCAUCAUUCUGAGCUGCAUUGCCGCCUCGGUGAAUCCCAAUUACAAGAUUGGUGACAUUAUGCUGAUCAAGGAUCACAUCAACUUUGUGGGCAUGAUGGAUCACACGGCCAUGGAGGGUCCCAUUGAUCCGCGCUUUGGCAGACGUCACCUACGAAUGGUUGGAGCCUACGAUGAGGAGCUCCUGAAUAAGAGUCUAGAGAUUGCCGAGGAGCUGGGCAUUGAGCAAUCCCUGCGAAGUGGCAUCUUUGGUUGCAUUGGAGGUCCUCUCUAUGGAACCGAGGCAGAGGAGCGUCUCUUGCGAUCCCUGGGAGUGGAUGCAAUGGGCAUGUCCUUGAUUCCCGAGGUCAUAGCCGCCCAUCAAGGAGGCCUAAGGGUCUUCGCCUUUGUGAUAAUCACAGUGCCGGCUACUGCGAAACCCGAAGAGGACGAUGCGGAUGCAGAUGUAGGAAGGCAGCCGAAGCGGAACAAAGAGGUCCUGGAGGUGCCGUGGCCAAAAGUGCAGGCCUGCCACGAUCUGAUCGCUCAUCUCCUUUACUAUAUGCACAAUGGCCAUCCGAUUUGAGUUCCAAAUAUAGAUCAUGCCUGACCUUUUUUUUCACA